UUGCUAAUCAUGGAAGACAGGACAAAAGAGGCUUGGACUCCAGAACUUCUCAACAGUGCUCCUGCAUCAGCUGCUGUAAUAUGAUGAGGAGGGCUGCUAACCUGUCACUCUGCUGCUGAACAGCAUGCAGUCCUUUCGGGAGCAAAGCAGUUACCACGGAAACCAGCAGAGCUACCCACAGGAAGUGCACGGCACAUCCCGGCUGGAAGAAUUCAGCCCUCGCCAGCAGGCCCAGAUGUUCCAGAGCUUUGGAGGAGGUACUGGCAGUGGACGGCGUGGAGCAGCGGGGACCUCUGCAGCAAUGCCCGGUGAGACCUCUGGUCAUCAGAGCUACCAAGGUUUCAGGAAAGAAGCAGGAGAAUUUUACUACAUGGCUUCCAACAAAGAUCCUGUGGCAGCAGGAGGACAGCAACCACCUCAGCGCAGGCCAUCUGGGCCAGUGCAGAGCUAUGGACCACCACAAGGGAGCAGCUUUGGGAGCCAGUAUGGAAGCGAGGGGCAUGUGGGCCAGUUUCAAACGCAGCACUCAACCCUUGGGGGUGUCUCUCACUAUCAGCAGGACUAUACUGGACCUUUCUCUCCAGGGAGUACCCAAUAUCAGCAACAAGCUUCUAGCCAGCAGCAGCAAGUACAGCAACUGAGACAGCAAAUCUAUCAAUCCCAUCAGCCCUUACCACAGGCAUCUAGCCAACCUGUAUCUAGCGCCUCCCAUUUGCAGCCAAUGCAGCGUCCAUCUGCCUUGCCUUCCUCUGCUUCUGGAUACCAGUUACGAGUGGGUCAGUUCAGUCAACACUAUCAACCCCCUGCUUCUUCCUCCUCCUCUUUUCCUUCCCCCCAGCGUUUUGGCCAGUCGGGACAGAAUUAUGAUGGCAGUUACAGUGUGAAUUCUGGUUCACAAUAUGAAGGCCACGCUGUGGGUUCCAGUGCACAAGCUUAUGGAACCCAAUCUAAUUUUAACUUUCAGUCUCAGCCAAUUAAGAGUUUUGAGCAAUCUAAGAUGCCCCAAGGUGGACAGCAGGGGCAGCAGCAACAGCAUCCCUCACAGCAUGUAAUGCAGUACCCAAAUGCCGCUACCAAGCUUUCACUUCAAAGUCAAGUGGGACAGUAUAGCCAAUCUGAAGUCCCUGUGAGGUCACCGAUGCAAUUCCAUCAGAACUUCAGUCCUAUUUCCAACCCGUCUCCAGCUGCCUCUGUAGUUCAGUCUCCAAGCUGCAGCUCCACUCCAUCUCCUCUCAUGUCAGGUGGAGAUAAUCUUCAGUGUGGGCAAGGCAACAUGUCCAUGGGCUCUAGAAAUCGGAUUUUGCAGAUGAUGCCUCAGCUCAGCCCAACACCAUCCAUGAUGCCGAGCCCCAAUGCUCAAGCUGGGGGCUUCAAGGGAUUUGGGUUGGAAGGGUUGCAGGAGAAGAGGCUUACAGAUCCAGGUCUGAGCAGCCUAAGUGCUCUAAGCUCUCAAGUUGCUAAUCUUCCCAACACAGUCCAGCACAUGUUGCUUUCAGAUGCCUUGGCACCUCAGAAAAAAGGUUCCAAAAGAUCAUCAUCUUCUAAAAAGGCUGACAGCUGCACAAACUCAGAAGGCUCCUCCCAGGCAGAAGAGCAGCUCAAGUCUCCUCUGGCAGAAUCUCUUGAUGGUGGCUGCUCCAGCAGUUCAGAGGAUCAUGGAGAGAGAGUGAGGCAGCUGAGUGGCCAGAGCACUAGUUCAGACACCACUUACAAAGGGGGCAAUGUAGAGAGAUCCAACUCCUCACCAGCACAAGGCUCUCAGACUGAGCCACCAAAACUCAGUACUAGCCCUGCAGCUAGGGAAGAUGUGUCCUCCCCUGAUGGAAAGGAAGCCUUGGUAGCAGCAGAGGCUGCCCCAAAAGUGAAUGAAAAGGCAGUUGGGGUGAUUGUCUCCCGGGAGGCCAUGACAGGCAGAGUAGAAAAGUCAGGUGGGCAGGAUAAACCCACACAAGAUGAUGUUUCCACAGCUACCCAAGCAGCUCCUGGGUCCAGUGGAUUGAAAGAAACUGGGCAAGUGAUGCCACAACCAGAGUCUCAAGGAGGGAGCAAAGGGAGUAAAAGUGGGGAUAACAACACUAACCACAAUGGAGAGGGUAGCAGCCAGGCUAGUCAUACAAUCCUGGGGUCAAGUUUUCCUGGUAGAACAGAACCUUCCAAAUCUCCUGGCAGUUUAAGAUACAGCUAUAAGGAUAAUCUAGGCACUGGCAUGCAGAGAAAUAUUGGUGGCUUUCCUCAGUAUCCUUUGAGCCAAGAAAAAGGGGAUUUUCCAGGGCAUAGUGAGCGAAAGGGGCGGAAUGAGAAAUUUCCCAGUCUCCUACAGGAAGUUUUGCAGGGGUAUCACCAUCACCCAGAUAGAAGAUAUGCUAGGAAUGCUCAGGACCAUCCAGGGAUGGCUGGAAGCUUGGAAGGAGCCAUGAGGCCCAAUGUUCUAAUUAGCCAAGCCAAUGAAUUAACCAACAGAAGCCUUCUAAACAAAACCAUGGGAUCGCUCCUGGAAAGCCCCCACUGGGGCCCCUGGGAUAGGAAAUCAAGUGGCACAGCUCCUGAGAUGAAACAGAUCAAUCUGGCUGACUAUCCUAUUCCUAGAAAGUUUGAGGUGGAGUCACAGUCUUCUGCCCACGAAGGAGGAGCACUGUCAGAGAGGAGGUCUGUUAUCUGUGACAUAUCUCCACUAAGACAACUGGUUAGGGACCCUGGGCCUCACCCAAUUGGGCACAUGGGUCCUGAGGCCAGAAGUGGAAGAGGUGAGCGGCUCACUCCUGGUUUAGGCCAGUCAGUCAUACUCCCUGGUGGCCUGGUAUCCAUGGAAACAAAGUUGAAGUCUCAUAGUGGGCAAAUAAAAGAGGAAGAUUUUGAGCAGUCAAAGACCUCAGUCAGUCUCAACAGCAAGAAAUCUGGUGAUCACUGUCAUCCUCCCAGCAUCAAACAUGAAUCUUUCCGAGGCAAUGCCAGCCCUGGAGCUGCAGUCUCUGAUGUUACUUCAGACUACAUCUCCCAGCAAGAGAGCAGGUCAACACAAAUGAGGCGAGCCCCUGGCAGAAUUGGAAGCGGCAGGGAAGGUAUGAGGGGAAAAUCGCCUUCGCAGUUUCAGGAUCUGGCUGAUAAACUGAAGAUGUCACCAGGCAGAAGCAGAGGCCCAGGAACAGAUCUCCACCACAUGAACCCCCACAUGACACUGGCUGAGAGGGUCAGCAGGGGUUCUUUACACUCUCCGUUCGCUCAGAACUCUGAAGGUCCAUCUUUGGCUUCGGCAUAUCAUGCAAACGCUAGGGCUCAUGCUUUUGGUGACCCCAACCAGAGUUUGAAUUCCCAGUAUCAUUACAAAAGGCAGAUAUACCAGCAACAGCAAGAUGAAUACAAAGAGUGGAGCAGCAGUGCUGCUCAGGGUGUGAUUGCUGCAGCUCAGCAUAGACAAGAAGGGGCAAGGAAGAGCCCAAGGCAACAGCAGUUCCUUGACCGAGUAAGAAGUCCGUUGAAAAAUGACAAGGAUGGAAUGAUGUACAUCCAGGCCAGCUCUUACCUUGAUGCCGGAGGUCAAGAAACUGGGCGCUGUGUCAUGGGCAGUGAUGGUGCUCAAAACAAGUGCACCGAAUUAAAACAUGGUAACCAGAAGAUGCAGCAACAGGAAUCUGGUUGGGAUCUGUCCCGGCAGACCUCUCCAGCCAAGAGCAGUGGUCCUCUAGGAGCAGCCAAUCAAAAAAGGUUUUGCCCUCCUGAUGGUGAUGGGCACAGGCGAGAAGAAUCUACAGAUUUGCCGAAGCCGAGUAAUGCCAUGAUGAGGCUCCCUGGCCAAGAAGAUCAGUCUCCUCAAAAUCCUUUAAUUAUGAGGAGAAGGGUCCGUUCUUUCAUCUCUCCUAUUCCUAGCAAAAGGCAGUCACAGGAUGCAAAGAAUAGUGGUACAGACGAUAAGGGGCGACUGCUUCCUUCAUCAAAGGAAGGAACUGACAAAGCAUUCAACUCUUAUGCCCACUCAUCUCAAGGCCAGGAUGCUGGGAAGUCACUGUCAAAGGGAGAUCCUUCCAAAGAUCUUCCUAUUCCUGACAACAGGAAUUGCCCUGCUGUUUCUCUUACAAGUCCGGCUAAGACCAAAAUAUUGCCUCCACGGAAGGGGCGGGGAUUAAAACUGGAAGCUAUUGUUCAAAAAAUUACAUCCCCCAACAUCAGGAGAAGUGUUUCCUCCAACAAUGCUGAAACCGGUGCAGAUGCUGUCACUCUUGAUGACAUCCUUUCCCUCAAGAGUGGACCUGAAGGUGGCAGUGUGACAAGUCAUGGAUCAGAAACUGAGAAGAGAAAAGGAGAGACUGCAUCAGAUCAAAUGGGGACAGUGGGCCAAGAAAUGGUGGGUGAAAUGUCUCUAUCCAGACCAGAAGAGUGGCAUGGCAGUGAAAAUGAUAAGGUCAAAAAGGAGACAUCUGAAGUAGCUAGUGUUAGUAAAGAAGGAUCAGGGACUACUGUGGCCCCACCAUCUUUGCAGAAGUCUGGUAUACAAGGAAGAUCUGAUGCUUCUAUAAGUGGAGCUGGAACUCUGACCUUUUCUGACUCAAAAACAGUCUCUCCUUCUAAUGUGUUUACUUCUGAAUUGAACCCAAAGUCUGAAGAAAAAGACGGAGACGUUACAAACAUUUCGCCCAAGCCAGAUGGCUUCCCUCCAAAGGGAUAUUUUCCCUCUGGAAAGAAAAAGGGGAGGCCCAUUGGUAGCGUGAACAAGCAGAAGAAGCAGCAGCAGCAACAGCAACAACAGCAGCCGCUGCCGCCGCCUCCACCACCACAGCCACCAUCCCAGUCAUCAGAAGGUGCAGGUGGUGGAGAGCCAAAACCUAAGAGACAAAGGAGGGAGCGGAGGAAACCUGCAGCACAGCCAAGAAAAAGGAAAACUAGACGGGCCGCUCCCAUUGUGGAGCCUCAAGAACCAGAGAUCAAGCUGAAAUAUGCCACCCAAUCUGUAGAUAAAACUGACAACAAGAACAAGUCCUUUUUCCCUUAUAUUCAUGUGGUAAACAAGUGUGAAUUAGGUGCAGUGUGCACAAUCAUUAAUGCUGAAGAAGAGGAGCAGAACAAGUUGGUGAGGGGUCGAAAGGGGCAGAGGUCCUCAACUCCCCCUCCUAGCAACACUGAGAGCAAAGUGCUGCCCACCUCGACUUUCAUGCUGCAGGGCCCAGUAGUAACAGAGUCUUCUGUUUUGGGGCAUCUGGUUUGCUGCCUGUGUGGCAAGUGGGCCAGCUAUCGCAACAUGGGCGACCUCUUUGGGCCUUUCUAUCCCCAGGAUUAUGCCGCUACACUGCCCAAAAACCCACCUCCCAAGAGGGCCACAGAAAUGCAGAGCAAGGUCAAGGUACGGCACAAAAGUGCUUCUAAUGGCUCCAAGACCGAUACAGAAGAGGAAGAAGAACAGCAACAACAGAAGGAACAAAGAAGCCUGGCUGCCCAUCCCCGCUUUAAGAGGCGGCACCGCUCUGAGGACUGUGGUGGGGCCUCUCGGUCACUUUCAAGGGGAGCUUCUUGUAAAAAAGCAACCACUGAGGGUGUCAGUGGCAGUGAAAAGACUCCUUUGGACUCAAAACCCCUGAUGCCCACUUCAGAAGGUGGCUCUGAGCUGGAGUUACAAAUUCCUGAACUACCUCUUGACAGCAAUGAAUUUUGGGUCCACGAGGGUUGUAUUCUCUGGGCCAAUGGGAUCUACCUGGUCUGCGGCAGGCUGUAUGGGCUGCAGGAAGCUGUGGAAAUAGCAAGAGAGAUGAAAUGUUCCCAUUGCCAGGAGCCAGGAGCCACCUUAGGCUGCUACAACAAAGGCUGCUCUUUCCGAUACCAUUACCCAUGUGCCAUCGAUGCAGAUUGUUUACUAAACGAAGAGAACUUCUCAGUGAGGUGCCCGAAGCACAAGAACAAGAUGGUGAAAGGCAGCCUCAGCACAGAGCAGUCGGAGCGGGGGUGAGGGGGGAAGUGUGUUCCUGGGAAUGGAAAUAAAAGCAAGCACAGGUUAGGCUGUUGAGAUAAAGGGUGGUGGACAUUCGUGACUGAAUGGAUUCUCUCCCACUGUGCAGCCAUGCCCCCUCUUGAUGUGCCUGCCAAUGCCAGCACUUCCUUCAUAAAUUCGUACAUCACACUCAAAACUGAUGACAUCACAGAAUAUGACCAAGGAGUCUGAACCAGCUGUUUCCAUGGACACAAUCUCCAUAGUGACAGUGGGGAGGGGAGGGGAAAAAAGAGGAAACAGUGGAAGCUUGAAGAAUAUCUGAAGACUCCUAGGUCAUGUGACUUGUGAAGUAAGAGGUAGCUGCUGCUAGCUAAAGUACACACAUACUUACACCUUCUUCAUCUGGAAACAUCUUCACCAAAUGGUGGGAUGGGAACUUCUGCCAUCUCUGGCAAUGAUGUACGCCCCCAAAUCAUUCCAAGAAGCUGCCUUCUGUUUUGAAGAUACUGGUUUGCCUGCCAAGUUGGGGAACUGCACAGGAAGUCUGAAUGUUGGUGGAAUCCAUGUGUGUGUAAACUGUUCAGGAAACUCCAGUUAGCCCUUCUUCUUUGUUUUUGUUGUUUUUUGUUUUUUUUCAAAGGAAGGAAGGGGGAAUGUCAGUUUAACAGCCUACACUCUAUGGUUACUUUGUGGGGGUUUUGUAAAUUGUGUAAUUUUUAAACAUUUGAGUUUUAAAAACAAACAAAAAAAAUUUCUCUUGUUAAGGCCUUAAGAAAGGGGUUAGUGCAUCUUUCAGGGGUCACUCUGCCAUGGGAAUAAAAUAGCUGUUUCACAAACAGUUUUAUAUAAAAAAAAAAAAAAAAGCUUAAAAAAACAAAAAAACUAAUAAACUUCAUUUUAACCUUGUUUCCUUUUGCUUUGUGCAAACUUAUUCUGCCCAAAUGGAAGAGGAGACUCUAACUGCCACUUUAUGCAUUAUUUACUUUAUGAUAUCUUUCCUUCAGUGAUGGGAUUUUCUUAACAACCUCCUGAACAGGUCCAAGGCGUGGGACCCCAGAAAAGUUUCUAUUUAUAAAAACUUAAGAUUUAUAUGGUGCAAGGGACAGUUAGCCAGGAGGGCCAUUUGACUGGCUGAAUUCACAGGUCACUUGCAGCAGUAUUAUUGCACAUCAUACCUGACUGUUCAUCCCUAGGAUGUUAUCAUGUUCUAGCAAUUUCACACAGUGAGCUACUUGCUAGAAAGUAUUUUUAGAGAAGGAACUAGCUAGUUUGACUUGAAAUCUGGAACAAGGCUUGGAUGGGGUACGAAUGGAAAGCUUUUAAAAAUGAAGUACUGAAUGCCUGUUCUGCUGCUUGGAUUUUUGGAGCAUUCGGCACAUAAACAUGUAAUGUAUUCAGACCUGUAUUUAAAUUGAAAAAAAAAGAUAAUUUUUCAAACUCAGAGCUAUUUAUCAAUGUUGUUUGUUUUCCUAGAUAUUGCUACCUCUCAUACAUAUUUAAAAACAAAGGGUGUUCUUGCCAUUCUUUGCUUGCUUCUUUCCCAGUAGCAGGUUCUGAAGUCAGAUCGUCUUUCUAUGCUAGAAAGUAGACCUGUAGUGACAAUUUUUGUCACUAACAUGUCCCUCUGAACUGGUGCUGAGAAAUGUUUAAUUGGUGGUGUAGUUGGAACAAAUCAUUGUCACUAUAGUUGGCGUGAUUAAGUUGAUGAUUUCUUUCAUAUUGAAUAAGAUUGGGUUCUUCUGUUAUCUGAUUUACUGUACAUGGCCUGAAGCAAUGAGAUGCUUAUUGGCAUAUGUCAAUAAUAUUUGUAAUGAAUCUGCUGUGCUGUAGUAGACCAGCAGAGAACAACGUGAUGAAUCUCCUGGGACUGAGUCCUCUGCUUUUUAUUUGACCAGGAGGGAAACGUUCUGUGAUAGUUGGAAGGCUGGUGGGAGACCUGAAGGGAUAGCAUCCCAGGCAGCUGUUCCUGUGGCCUGUUCAUGGCGACUGAGCUGGGGAUUCUAGAGCUGCCCGUGUACUCGGUCGUCUUGGUUAAAGAUGCUCAGGACUUAGAUGUUAACCAGUUGUUUUCUUCUAAUUACAUUGGCAGUGCCCUUGUCUCCCCAGCUUUUACUUCUGGCAUAUUCUUGGUGUUUUUGGGUAUUGUGCCUUGUAGUUGUGCGUGAGGAUGGCAAUUUUAGAGAUUCCUUGGGUAAAUAAUUGCCUGCGAAUGUUGGGGACUGGAUUCUGUGGGCCAGGAGGCCCUUUGUAGUCAUAUGUUCAUGUGUAAAUAAAUUAUUGCAGUCAUAACCCCAUAACAUAUAUUUCUCAGUCAUCAGUUGGCCAAGUGUCAAUGCUGUUUUCAGAGGGUUGAGUUUGCUAGGAGAGAAGUUGAAAGUUUAAUAAUUCUCAUAAUCAGUGAGGUAUUCAAAGAACAUGAAGCUAUCCCAAAAUCACUAAUGGCAAGCCAGAAGGAAUUAGAACAGCCACAUGACUUAUUGUGAAGGACUCGGAUUGUCUUGCCACAGUUGGAAAUAAAAAUGCAACUGGAUAAGAACAUGCAAAGCGUCAAACAUUUUGUACACGGGUUUCAAAAUCUCUUCAACUCGUUGGGCCAGCACUGAUGGAAGAACUGCCAAUGCUGCUUGAUGCUGAGGACCAAAGCUGUUUCAAAGAACUGGAAAGCUUUGGUCAAUUUGGAACUUGUUUAGCAGAAAUGAGCUGCAGCAAGGACUUACUGAAUUGGAGAACUGCAGACUACUUUGAAGCCAGCAGCUUGGAAAAGGAGCAAAGUCCAGAUGAUCCAAAUUUCUAUGUAGAAAUUCUGCAGGCUAUAUGGACAAAUUGAAGAAGGACAUCACUGCAGUAUGGAUUAUACAGGACCAGGUGAGGUCUAAAGGAAGUGACCUGGAGCAAACAAAGACAGACUCCGUGAUUUGCCAGAAAAGUUGCAAUAAAAGGAUAUUUUAGUACUGGUA